CACCCAUUUAAGUUACAUUGAAAAGCUCAGAAGUCGGAACACCGGUGCGUUCUACCGUUAGGUGCUAGGUUUGUGUGUGAUGAUGGAGUGUGAGGGCAUCGCGGGCAUUGAGCAGUUCAGCAGCCCGGGGAAGGGCAGAGGACUGCGGGUGAGCAGAGCGUAUGAAGUCGGUGAAUUGCUCUUUUCGUGUCCCGCUUAUUCAUACGUACUGUCCGUCAGCGAGAGAGGAUUCAUCUGUGAACAAUGCUUUACAAGGAAAAAGGGUCUUGCAAAAUGUGGAAAGUGCAAAAAAGCAUUCUACUGCAAUGUGAACUGUCAGAAAACAAAUUGGCCCAUGCAUAAGCUGGAGUGUCAUGCUAUGUGUGUGUAUGGAGAGAACUGGUGCCCCUCAGAGACAGUGCGACUGAUGGCCAGAAUCAUCGCCAGGCUGAGACACCAGAAAGAGAGAAGCCCGUCAGAAAAACUACUCUUACUGAGGGAUAUGGAAGCACACAUGGAGGAUAUGGAUAAUGAGAAAAGAGAGCUGAAUGAAGCACAUAUAGCCGGUCUCCAUCACUUCUAUUCCAAACACCUGGAUUUCCCUGAUCAUCAGGCCCUGCUCACACUUUUAUCACAGGUUCACUGUAAUGGCUUUACUGUGGAGGAUGAGGAACUCUCAAGCUUGGGUUUAGCAAUUUUUCCAGACAUUGCCCUCUUGAACCACAGCUGCUGUCCCAACGUCAUAGUCACAUACAGGGGUAUCAACGCUGAAGUACGGGCUGUGCAGAAAAUCAGUCAAGGACAAGAGAUAUAUACCAGCUACAUAGACCUGCUGUACCCUACAGAGGACAGGAUCGAGAAACUCCGAGACAUCUACUACUUCAGCUGUGACUGCAAAGAGUGCACAACCAAAUCCAUGGAUAUGGAGAAGAUGAAGGUGCGGAAACUGAGUGAUGAAAUCAGUCAAAAGGAGAUCAGGGAUAUGGUGUUUUAUGCUCGGAAUGCCAUGGAAGACUUCCGCAGGGCCAAACUUGAGAAAAGUCCCGCUGAGCUGCUAGAGAUGUGUGAGCUCAGCAUUGAUAAGAUGAGCGCAGUGUUUGAUGACACUAACAUCUACAUCCUUCAUAUGAUGUACCAGGCCAUGGGCAUCUGUCUUUUCAUGGAGAAUUAUGAUGGAGCGGUUAGAUAUGGAGAAAAAGUCAUGAAGCCAUACACUGUCCUUUACCCAGCAUACUCUUUAAAUAUUGCAUCAAUGUAUCUAAAGAUGGGCAGACUCUACAUGGCUCUGGACAGGAAGUCCACUGGCAUAAGUGCACUUCAAAAGGCAUUGGCCAUCAUGGAGGUUGUUCAUGGAAAGGACCACACAUAUGUUACAGAGCUUAAACGGGAAAUAAGAGGAGAAUAAUGUAAAUAGUGUGUACUGUUUCAGACUGUACUUCAAUUUCACUUUAUGGAGAGACUUCUGCAUCUUCAGUAACAUGCUUAAGAGGCUGAUAAAGUAUUUCUGUAAAAGAUAUAACUCUAAAAAGAAAGAAGUGCAAGUGUAACAAGUGUGCAAAAAUGGAAAACAAAAUAAGUAAUUCAUAUAA